GCAUUUUAAUAAUGUUUCUCUAAAUUUAAUCAUUACAGUGAAAGUCGCAGCUUGGGGUUGAACGCUAUCAUAAACGACUAUGUGGAUAAUACGAUAUCUUUGCUCGUACCUUUCAUUCAAGAAAACGGUCUUGAUCCCAUGGAACUACCGGACGUUGUUGAAGGAUUUGAAGUGAGGCCAGUUUUGAUCACCUACAGUGCUUGGCUAAAGAUCCAUGAUGGGUAUAUGACGGGCUUGACUAACGUGGACCGCUCUGGUGACCAGACAAUUAAUUAUUUCGCCAAGAUGGUUCGUGUACGCGUUCAGUUGCAGUUUAGGAACUUAGAGUUCGUGUACAAAUACCUGGUUAAAGUUAUGAACAUCGGCCCUACUGGAGGUAUCGUAGGUUCCCUCAACCGUUUUGUGGUCAUUGUGGAUCUGCUCAUUGAUUUCAACAACGACGAAAUACAUCUUCAACAGUUCUCUCUCACAGAUAUUGGCCGUCUUCGCGUCCGUUUGACUGGUAACAUAUUGACCGACUGGUUGGUGAACCCCGUUAUCCGUACAUUCACGAGGAUCUUUGAUACAACUAUAAUAAAGGUUGUAGAAAUUAAUAUUCGCAACGCCAUCAACGAGGGCCUCACUGAAAUCAACAGGAAUAUUAGGAAUGUAAUCCAAUUUAUUGAAUCUUUUAAUUGAAAA